CACCAGCACUUGCCACGGCUGGACACGGCUCUUUCAGGUCCAUUCGGGUCCAUCCAGACGCAUAUCGACCGAUCAACGCGUUCCUGAAUAAUAAAUAUUGAAAAUAACCGAGAAAUGAUGUGAAUGAGUGCUUGGGGCAUUAUUCGCCUUCCUCUGGACCAGGAAUAAUACUCCACCCGCGGGAGGACGUGGGGAAUCGGUUGGUGAGGGUGGAAAAUGGUGCCAAGUGCGGAGAAUCGAGAGCAAGUGUCGGAAAAGUGAAUUUUUUAUUCCGGAAUUUUUCCUAUUUUUGGCUUUCUCUUCGUAAAUUCUGGAUUGACGAUGUGGACUGCGUCCAGGAUGCUCCUGGGAGUCGUUGUCCUGGCGGCUGCUCUCGGGGAAUAUCACGUGGAGGGAAAUACCACUGUUGCUAUUGCUAAAGAGGAAUGUCGGAAGAGAAUAGCUGAUUGUUCCAUGUCGAAAGGUGCCAGCACCCCAGUAUGUGGCAGUGAUGGGGUGACAUAUCCAUCUCAGUGCCAAGUCGUCUCCAGACAAUGCCAGGGGGAGUCAAUCCUCAUUAAACACACGGGCCCCUGUCCAGAGACACCUCCGUGCUUCUCGGCCAGGGUGACAGCUCGUCCUGGUUCUCGUCCUGUCUGUCGUCCAGACGGCACUUGGGCCCCAAUCCAGUGUCACACGGAAACUGGCUACUGCUGGUGCGUGACACCUCAGGGACGUCCACUUUCGGACACCUCCGUCAAGAACGAAAAGCCCAGGUGCCCCAAGGCAACGGCCACCUCGGGCACAGCCUCCACACGCAGUGGCCAACGAAGACGAUCACCAAACUGGAAACAGCGCCGACAAUACACAAGUCGUCACAGGAAUACGUGCGACAGAGCGGAAAAAUCAACAUUCAACACAAAUCUAAUCGGCAAUUUCAAGAUCGAGUACCGAAGGACCAACAUCUCCUCCGACGGUGAUAAGAACGUGGAGCGCGUCUUAUCCUGGAAAUUUCUCACCCUGGAUAAAGACGGUGAUGGGUACCUGGACAGGAACGAGUACAAAGAGCUCCGGAGGCUAGCCAAGAAGGCGGUGCGACCGAAGAAAUGCGCGAGAACGUUCGCCAGGACGUGCGAUCUCAAUCAGGAUCUCAAAUUAUCGAGGCAAGAAUGGGGUGCCUGUCUGGCAAACGACUUCAAACACGGACCCCGUGAGGUACUUGAGGCCCAGAAGACGAGGGCCACGGACGAAGUUUUGAAGGGGAAUCCCCCGCCGGUUCACACACGACCGACAUUCAAUGAUGAUCCACCGGAUACCAAGGAGGAGAGCGAUGCCAAUGACUGCAUCUCGGAUCGACGAUCCGUGCUGGAGGAUCAAAGGCAAAACUCCCAGGAGAAAUUUUACAUUCCCCAGUGCACACCGGACGGUCGAUACCACAAGGUCCAGUGCUACUCCGGUUAUUGCUGGUGUGUUUAUCAGGACACCGGAAAACCGAUCCCAGGCACAUCCUCCAAGGAUCAGACGCCCAAUUGUAAUCCAGUCCCACCACCAAGCAGACCGAUGAAAGGCUGUCCGGAGGUAAAGAAACAGUUGUUCCUCCGCGACCUGAUGGACCUGAUGGACAAGCGGAUGAAGUCCUCGAGUACAGACUCUGCCGAGGCAACCGACAAGUGGCCAGCCUCCAAGGAGGAGCGAGUGGCGACCUGGCACUUUGUCAUGCUAGAUAAGAACAAGAAUAAAGUACUGGAGAGAAAGGAGUGGAAGAGCUUUCGGACUAUGGUGGCCAACAACAGGCAUCUGAGGAGGUGUGGGAAAAAGCUCCCGAGGUACUGUGACAUCAACAACGACAGGAGGAUCAGUAUGACUGAGUGGCUGAGCUGUUUGAAUGCACAGAAACCUUCUCAAGGUGACAGCGUAGAAAAUACAUCGACCCAAAAACCCCGGAGAACGGGUCCGAAUCCUCUGGACCAAUUCCUCAACGACGACGACUGAGUCGACUGUGGUAGAGCACAAAUCAAGACUUGAUUGGUAUCGAUGGAAAUUCAUUUCCCUUCACUCUCCUUUUUUUACGCAGUGAUAGAAAUUAGUGUACUCGAUAAAUUAAAACGUAACGACACUUAUAAGUAUUACGACCGGAAUUAUGUAUUUAUGUUGAAUAUGUAUAUGUAUUUUUGCAUGAAAAAUGGUGCUCGAGCACUGAAUCAUUUUGUUUUUUUUUACGUGCUAGGAUUAUGUCUCUGUACUAAAUUGAGCUUCAAAGUGGUAAGUCCCAUUUCCAAUUAUAGAAUUCCCCAGUCCAUAAAUCCUCGAUAAUGAGCCGAAAAAAAAAGAUUAUCUAGAGCAGUAACAAAGUGUUGAUGUGUCUAUAAAACUUGUAAUUAUCAAUUAAGAAUUAAUAAUCAAAACUGAAGACAAUGUGCAGUUUAUCAGGAGUGCAAUAAAUUUCCUUUACGCUAUGAAA